AUGAGCUGGUCACGCUUUGCUUUUUCGCUGCUCUUAUUUCCCGCACUAGCAGCAGCUCAAUUUAAUCCAUAUUUCAAAAAGGGAAGCAGCGGAGUUAUUGUCCACCUGUUUGAGUGGCUCUUUGAGGACAUCGCCACGGAAUGCACUUCCUACUUGGCCCCGAAUGGGUUCAGUGCUGUGCAGGUGUCUCCGGUAAAUGAGGUCCGUAUUAUGGCGAACCGCACUUGGCGGGAGCGAUACGAGCCUGUUUCUUACCGGAUAGCAAGCCGGUCUGGUGACGAAUUACAGUUCCGUUCGAUGGUGCAAAAGUGUAAUGAGGCUGGAGUUCGUGUCUUCGUUGAAGUCGUGCUGAACAACAUGGCGGGCGGAAGUGGGCCCAUCAAGGGGACAGGAGGUGCGGUGGCUAAUCCAGGAAAUCGGGAGUAUCCAGACGUUCCAUUCGUUGCAACGGAUUUUAACGCUGCCUGCACCAUUUUGGAUGGAAGUGAUCCCCACGAGGUACGCAAUUGUCAGCUGAAUGAUUUACCCGAUUUGAAUCAAGGACUGGCACGAGUUAGACAACGGAUGAUUGAUUUUAUGAACAAAAUGAUUCGGAUGGGAGUAGCAGGAUUUUACGUUCACGCCGCGAAAAACAUUUGGCCGCACGAUCUCGGUGCAAUUUAUGGAAAACUAGAAAACCUUAGUUCAACAGCAAUCUCCGGGAUCUCCCAAGGUAGCCGGCCGUUCAUUUAUCAAGACGUGGCUGAUUUCGGUGAAGGUGGCUCAAGAAAGAAUGAGUACACCUUGAUGGGAUUCACCACGGAGUAUCGGUUUGCGUACGACAUAGCCGAUAUUAUGUUCAAACGGAAGUCAUUUCACUACAUGGUCAACCUUGGAACCAGGUUAGGUUUCAUUCCCAGGGAGCGAUCAAUCAUAUUCGUAAACACACCUUCAUUGCAACGACUACCAGAUUUGGCAGAUGGACCGGCAAUUAUUACGUACAAAAAUGAACGGCUGUACAAAAUUGCUUUGGUAUUUAUGAUGGCCCAUCGGUACGCAACACCGCGGAUUGUCAGCUCGUUUCAAUUCACGGACGUCGAGCACGGACCACCAAGCGACGAACGGGGAAAAAUUUCUAAAGUGGUUCUGGAUGAAAUGGAUAAAUGCACCGGUGGAUGGGUCUGUGAGCAUCGCUGGAAGGCCGUACAGCAGAUGCUCAAAUUUAGGAAGGAAGUAUCCGGCCAACCGGUCAUCAAUUGGGUUGAUAAUGGACAGAAUCAGGUAGCGUUCUGUCGGGGAAAGGUAGGAUUUGUAGCAAUUAAUGCAGAAGUUGCGCUCACAUUAAAAGCGAAACUUUUCACCUGUCUUGAGGCGGGGGUGUAUUGUGAUUUAAUAAGUGGGAAAUUGGAAAACAAAGCCUGCACCGGAGUGGCAGUCAAGGUGGGUAAUGAUGGCAAGGCUGAUAUUUAUAUAAAGAGUACGGCGAAAGAACCCUUCUUGGUUUUAUUGGCAAGUGCGAAGGUUUGA